AUGGCCCUCCGCAUGGCCCCGUCGCCCCGCGGCCCGCGCCCGCCCCGCGCGCGCCCUGCCCGCCGCGCUCCCGCCGCCGCCGGCGCCGCCGCCGCCGCUCCGGGAUCUUUGUGUCCGGGUCGGAGGCCGCCGAGUGGCCGCGCCGCUGCCCGCCCGGCCCCUUCCUCCCCGCGCCCGCCGGGCACCGGAUAUGCCCGCCCCGGGCGCGUCGGGGCCGGGGCCGGGGGCGGCCCGGAGCCGGCGGCCGCGUCCUCGGAGCUGCGCGUCGCCGGGCGGCCGUGCAGGCGCCUCCCCUUCCCGUGCGGAGCGUUCACUUCCUUGCAAGGUGCUUACGUCCCCGAGGAGGAGCUGAAGGCCGCAGAGGUCCAGGCGGAAGCCACAGAGGAGGACGGCCCGUCUCUGGACGCGCCCGACGGCGAACAUGAGUGCGCCACCGCAGAGGAUGGGGACGCCCAGGAGGCGCCCAGCUACCAGGACUCCCCACUCAGCACCGCCACCAACCAGGACGCCGCCUAUGGGUCCCCCUUCAGCGAAAGCAGCGACCAGCUGGCACCCUUCAAGGGCCCUGCGUCCCGGGAGGAGAAGGAGGAGCCGCCACCGGCCGCCACCGCUGCCGCCGCCGGGGACAGUGCCGCGUCCUACCCGCAGGACAGCCUGGCCCAGAUCAAGGCCGUGUACGCCAACCUUUUCUCCGAGUCCUGCUGGUCCAGCCUGGCCCUGGACCUGAAGAAGUCCGCCGCCACCACCAGCAACGGCGAUGCGGGCCAGAAGGACGGCGCCCCGGCCGCGCCCACGCCGCCCGCCGGCCCCGCCGCCAGCACCCCCGCCCCCGCCCCCGGCUCCAGCACCAGCACCGGCGGCUCCGGCUACGACUGGCACCAGGCGGCACUGGCCAAGACGCUGCAGCAGACGUCCAGCUACGGGCUGCUGCCCGAGCCCAGCCUGUUCAGCACCGUGCAGCUGUACCGGCAGAACAACAAGCUCUACGGCUCCGUGUUCACGGGCGCCAGCAAGUUCCGGUGCAAGGACUGUAGCGCGGCCUACGACACGCUGGUCGAGCUGACCGUGCACAUGAACGAGACCGGCCACUACCGCGACGACAACCGCGACAAGGAGGCCGAGAAGACCAAGCGCUGGUCCAAGCCCCGCAAGCGCUCGCUGAUGGAGAUGGAGGGCAAGGAGGACGCCCAAAAGGUGCUCAAGUGCAUGUACUGCGGCCACUCGUUCGAGUCCCUGCAGGACCUCAGCGUCCACAUGAUCAAGACCAAGCAUUACCAGAAAGUGCCUCUGAAGGAGCCCGUGCCAGCCCUCGCCAAGCUGGUGCCCUCCACCAAGAAGCGGGCCCUCCAGGACCUGGCGUCCCCCUGCUCCCCCGAGCCCGCGGGCGCCGCCGCCGAGCCGGCCCCGGGCGAGGCGGCCAAGGACCAGAAGGCCGCCAACCCCUACGUGACCCCCAACAACCGCUACGGCUACCAGAACGGCGCCAGCUACACGUGGCAGUUCGAGGCCCGCAAAGCACAGAUCCUCAAGUGCAUGGAGUGUGGCAGUUCCCACGACACCCUGCAGCAGCUCACGGCCCACAUGAUGGUCACCGGCCACUUCCUCAAGGUGACCACGUCCGCCUCCAAGAAGGGCAAGCAGCUGGUGCUGGACCCCGUGGUGGAGGAGAAGAUCCAGUCCAUCCCCCUGCCGCCCACCACGCACACCCGCCUGCCCGCCGCCCACGUGAAGAAGCAGCCCGAGUCCCCCGCGGCCGGCCCCGCGCCCGACGACAAGAAGGAGCCCGAGAAGGAGAAGGCGCCCGUGGCGGCGGCGGGGGCGGCGGCGGGGGCCGGGGAGGUGGAGAAGAAGAUCAAGGAGGAGAGCGAGGAGCUCGCCGAGCCCACAGCCCCCUACCAGUACCUGCGGGAGGAGGACCUGGACGACAGCCCCAAGGGCGGGGUGGACAUCCUCAAGUCCCUGGAGAACACCGUGUCCACGGCCAUCAGCAAGGCGCAGAACGGCGCGCCCUCCUGGGGCGGCUACCCCAGCAUCCACGCCGCCUACCAGCUGCCCGGCGCCGUGAAGCCGCUGCCCGCCGUGCCCGUGCAGAGCGUCCAGGUGCAGCCCAGCUACGCGGGCGUGAAGCCGCUGCCCGCUGAGCACGGCGCCCUUCUGCACUCGCCCGGGACCCUCACGCCGCCCCCGCACAAGAGCAACGUGUCGGCCAUGGAGGAGCUGGUGGAGAAGGUCACGGGCAAGGGCAAGCGGGACGAGAGGCCGGCCGAGCAGGACAAGGGCUCCCCGGCCAAGACGGCCUCGCCCGCCGCCGCCGCCAAGGAGAACAGCAAGGAGGGGCCGCGGGCCGAGGACGCGGGCGGGGCCAGGCCGCUGCCGCCGAGGAAGGGCCCCGAGGGGGACGCGGCCGGGAAGGCCAGGAAGGAGGCCUCCUCGGUGGGCGACGGCCACGCCCACAACGGCACCGAGACCCCCAGGCCCAAAGUCACCAACGGCUGCAACAGCCUGGGCGUCAUCACCGACCACCCGCCCGAGCCCUCCUUCAUCAACCCGCUGAGCGCCCUGCAGUCCAUCAUGAACAGCCACCUGGGCAAAGUGUCCAAGCCCGUGAGCCCCUCGCUGGACCCGCUGGCCAUGCUCUACAAGAUUAGCAACAGCAUGCUGGACAAGCCCGCCUACCCCGCCCUGCCCGGCAAGCAGGCCGACGCCAUCGACCGCUACUACUACGAGAGCAGCGACCAGCCCAUCGACCUGACCAAGUCCAAGAGCCGGGCGCUGGGCGCGGGCGCCGCCACCGCCGACACCGCGGCCUCCCCGCUGCGGGAGAGCGCCCUCCUGGACAUCUCGGACAUGGUGAAGAACCUGACGGGCCGCCUCACACCCAAGUCCUCCACGCCCUCCACCGUGUCCGAGAAGUCGGACGCCGACGGCAGCAGCUUCGAGGAGGCGCUGGACGAGCUCUCGCCCGUCCACAAGCGCAAGGGCCGGCAGUCCAACUGGAACCCGCAACACCUGCUCAUCCUGCAGGCCCAGUUCGCCUCCAGCCUGCGGGAGACGCCCGAGGGCAAGUACAUCCUGGCGGACCUGGGCCCGCAGGAGCGGGUGCACGUGUCCAAGUUCACGGGCCUGUCCAUGACCACCAUCAGCCACUGGCUGGCCAACGUCAAGUACCAGCUGCGCAGGACAGGGGGGACCAAGUUCCUCAAGAACCUGGACACGGGACACCCCGUGUUUUUUUGCAACGAUUGUGCCUCUCAGUUCAGAACUGCGUCCACGUACAUCCACCACCUGGAGACGCACCUGGGCUUCAGCCUGAAGGACCUCUCCAAGCUGCCCCUGGGGCAGGUGCAGGAGCAGCAGAGCGCGGCCAAGGGCCUGGGCGGCAAGGCCCUGGGCCCGCUGGCCGCCGCCGAGGACGAGCUGGGCUCCACGUUCCAGUGCCGGCUCUGCAACCGGACCUUCGCCAGCAAGCACGCGGUGAAGCUGCACUUGAGCAAGACGCACGGCAAGUCCCCGGAGGACCACCUCAUCUACGUGGUGGAGCUGGAGAAGCCCUAGCCCCGGCCCCCCGCCCGAGGCCCGGACUGAGCCUCCGAAAUCAGCCCCCGCCCGCCCCGCCGAGCGGCCUGUCUGGACCCGGGUUUUUCUUACACACGUUUUGUAGCUCUAUUUAUAUGCUCUCUGUCCGAUCUGUGCAUGUUAUUUUUUUUCUGCCGUGAGUCAAAGUCUGACCUUUAUUUUCAACAUCUGUUCUUGAUGUUAAGCUAUCUUUUCUAGCAAAGAGCGGGGCGCACUGCUCAGAGAGACGUUUAUUUAGCAGGAGAGAAAGACACAAAUAACAAUGAUCAGAGACAUCCUAAAAUUACGAAGUUGCCAUGACAAUAAAGGUCAUAGGGCCUGUAGUGUCAGAUUUAACCCUUUGAGGACUGUAAUCGUGUACCUGUGCCUUUCACUCGGAAAAAAGAAAACCAGAAAGAAAAAAAAAGGCUUAAAGGCAUUUCAUUCAGAUCAAAAGCUGUGUCAGACACACAACUUAUUUAAUAAUUAAAACACGAGCUUUUAUCUGCAGGACUGGUUUGUGAAGGAAGCGUGCCCGCGUGCGGCGGUCGGGAGUCGCCGGAGACUCACGGGGUUGUCAGGAAGCCACGACUCUAUCCACUAAAACAAGAACCCGAACCACCACAAACACCCCCGUGGCCACUAAGCCCAAACCCUCUGGAUGCUGAAAAUGCCACUUUUGGCAAAAAAAACAAAAAAAAGAAAAAAAAGAAAAAAAAAGUAUGCAAGCUAUUAUUUAAAAAAAAUGUGUAAAAAUGCUAUUUCUUUUUUCCUGUAAAAUACUGCAGUUUAUAGUUAUUUACAAAUGUAAGCUUUGGUACAAGCUGACCUUUCUAUAGCGUGCUGCAUUGGUAAAUGAAAAAAAGGGGCAAACGUUGGAUUCCUUCUCUGUAAAUUGCCGACAUCAGCUUAAAAACUCUAUGUUCCAUCUCACACCGUUUUAAUCUAUUCCACUUUCUUUGUACCUUCUGGCUGUAUGCUUUCUCUUUCGACUUUUUAUAUUGUCAUUUUAUAUUAAAUUUCUGUGUAUAUACUGUAAAACCACAAUUUUGGAAUAAAAUUUAGUUCCUGCAGCUUGAUUUAAAUAGAGAGAUCUCACCGGCCACAGCAUCGUCCCGAUGCAUGUAUAUCCGACAAAAAUGAAUACAUGGAAACAAAGCGAGCCCUGCACUAUUAAUUGCCCAUUUUGAUGUCCUAUCAUUAAUAUUGUACAGUACAUUUUGGUUCACACGAUUAAAUCCACUGUUUUCUCAAAUGUAAAAUAAACCCACACGCGGUUCUCGAUUUA